UAAUACCCCCCUACAUUUGUGAUUGUAUUGAUGAAUUCAAUUGUGAGAAUAGGAAUUAUGAAAGAAAAAAAGGAUGGUACAUUCAAAGGAAGCAGUAGUAGUGAAUAAGGCGUGAAUGAAAGGGAGUUUUUACUUUCAGUAGCAAAUGACUUUUCGUGGAAGGCGGGCGACAGCAAAUCUCAUUAUCGUUUGUAGUAGUAUACACAAGUGUAUUCUGAACCCCAAAAGAACAAGAACAAGACAACACCGAUAAACCAGCUGACCGGAGUGUUCGAGGUGCGAACAUCGUGGAGACGUCACGAUAUGACGUGUGCACGCGGUCGAUCCAUCAAGCGUCGGAUUGGGUGAAACGAGGAGGCGGGGCAAGGCGGUCCGUCGGCCGCUCUUCAAUCUGCAGGCGUCCUGCCCCGAAUAGGGGAAAAAAGCGCAACGGGAGGGGAUCAGAAAAAGAAGUAGGGCGCGAUUUUUAGUGGUGGUGGAUCAAUCGGUCUGUUAAGGGGAGGCCGCAAAAAUGCAUCUCAGAAACGCGGGCCCUGCCGUCCCCGGAGGAAUACCGCGGUCUCCCUCUCUACUGGAAACAACGGCGAUUUUUUACACACCGUCGCCACGACUACUGCGCUUGUGUUGUGUGAUCGCGACAAUUUGUCGCCGUUAAAAGAAUUCCGUGACAUCAGUAGUCGCGUUCUGUCGGUGGCAAAAACAAGACAAGACCGCAGCCGACCCCCUUCCAUACCCCCACUCCGCUCCUCCCACUGGGCAGACCUUGCAAAAAUCCAAAGCCGUGGCAGAAAGAAGCCGACCGCAAUUAUCACCUGGUGCGUUGUAAUCGAACUCGGUCGGUAUUGCUACCGUAUUUUUACCGACAUUUAACAAGACAACAAAAGUAUCGCGACUUGUGACCACGUGGCGAUAUCCUUGUUAAAGGCAUGUAGGAUAAGUGUCCUACAGGCAGUGUAAUAUAGUUUCAAAGACCGCUAGUUUCGCGAAGGUACAAAAGUGUAUAAUGCAGUGCGUGCAGGAAGCCAUGCUUCCUCUGGCGACGACUCAGUGAGUGUAGCACGGCGCUGGGCGCACCAUGUCCCAGUUUGGCUUCCGAGCAUCGCCGAAUUCCCAGUGGUUUUUGUUUCUGUUGCAGAGUACAAUAUCUUCUGGACCUAGUCAAACAGCGUCUCCACCAAGCAGCAUGGCAGUCACCUCCUCAGCUCCAACACCGGGAACUCCGCCAACAUCUCACCGAUGCUGUGAUACCGGUCGUCCGCUAUAUACCGAUCCAAUAACGGGACUAACGAUUUGCUCGUGUCAGUACGAACUUUUUAGCUACCAAAGACUAGCCGGUGGAGUGCCGGGACUUCCACCUUUAUCGGUGUAUAGUGCGCCCUAUCCCGAAGGAAUGCCAGCCUACGUUCCUGCCCUCGGUGCCGAUCAAGCCUCUUUCUAUUCUACGACGGCAAACUUGGAUCUGAAAGAAAAUUUAGCUGGAGCAGCUACGUGGCCGUACCAUUCCAUGUAUCAUCCGUACGAUGCAGCUUUUGCUGGUUACCCCUUUAACGGAUAUGGCGUGGAUUUGAACGGGGCAAGGAGAAAAAAUGCCACGAGAGAAACAACGAGUACUCUUAAAGCAUGGCUUAACGAACAUAAGAAGAAUCCGUACCCUACGAAAGGAGAGAAAAUUAUGUUGGCCAUCAUAACGAAAAUGACUCUCACGCAGGUGUCUACAUGGUUCGCCAAUGCCAGAAGGAGACUGAAGAAGGAAAAUAAAAUGACAUGGGAACCGAGAAAUCGGGUCGACGAUGAAGACAACAAUAAUGACGAAGACGAUAGGAAAAGCACCGAUGGUAAAGAUAUCCCAGAUUCCAAAGAUUCAGUGACAGGAUCAAGCGAAGAUGGAGACAGAACGCCUCAUCCCCGCUUAACCGGAGAUGGAAGUGAAUGGAACGAAUCAAGACCGGAUAGCGAACCUGGAAGUCCCGAGUGCCUGUACGAUCGACCACAUCCUGCCUUUUUACCUCCUCGAUCAUCGGCAUCUCCUCCGCAGCUAUCGGUCUCUUCCGCCGCUAAACCACGGAUUUGGUCCUUGGCUGACAUGGCCAGCAAAGAAAACGAAUCCACAUCUCAAUCUACAUCCGCAGGAUUCUAUUCGACAGCGGCCGGAAGGAUACUACCGUCUCUUGGAGGAAGACUAUCCGCUACGAGAAUCGCCAGCAGUCCUUAUGCUAGAACCCACGAGCUGUACAAAAGUCUUUACGGGCAUCCGACAGCUGCUCAGCAGUUAGCCGCGAGUGGCAGCGGUGCAUCUGCGGACGUUUCAUUGUUAGAAUCCUAUUCGCGAUCGCUGGGAGCUGGUCAAAGUCCGAUCUCCAUAACGUCUAUAAUGGCGAAAACCAAAACGUCUACCCCGAGCUCAACAUCACAUUUGAUACCGUUGGGUCUGACAACGAAUUCGUCGAGGAUGUCUCCUUUACCGAGUUCCUCGGGUUCCGAAACGCCACUCAAAGCUAUUGCGUUAAGCAAGGUUUGACCGCCGAUCGUUCUUUAGUUCUAAUCUACCUCGGCUUUUUUGUAAAUAAGUGUGGACAAUAAGAAACUCUCUUCCGUCGUGUAGUGUUUGUACAGUAAAUGUGAUAUUUCUUUCGUUCCUUCAAUUCUCUAGGCGAUCAGACGCUCGUUUUAGAUAGUUUUGUAUAUAUUAUAGUUGCGGCGAGUGCGCACGCGCAAGAGUAUAAAAAAUUGUAUCUAUUGUAUGUAAACAACUGUAGAGAGCAGAAGAACUUUGUUAUUAUACUUUAUUAUGUUAAGACCAGUAAAGUUGCAAUGUAUGUUGAGAUUUAAUUCUUUAUUUUAAAUUUUGUCCCUUUGAUCCCGAACAUAUCACCUCGGUUAUAUAAUUCAUUGUAAGUUGAACCAAAAUGGAACUUUACAAUAUUCGAAGGUGUGCUAAAAAUGCAAUAACAAUAUAUAAACCAUUAUUCAUAA